GGGCACCGAGUCAACUGGCGGAACAGCGGGCAUCGAGUCAACUGGCGGAACAGCAGGCACCGAGUCGUCUGGCAAGACUGCGGGCACCGAGUCGUCUGGGCAAGACUGCGGGCACCGAGUCGUCUGGCGGAACAGCGGGCAUCGAGUCAACUGCGGGACUGCGGGCACCGAGUCGUCUGGCAAGGCUGCGGGCACCGAGUCGUCUGGCAAGACUGCGGGCACCGAGUCGUCUGGCAAGACUGCGGGUACCGAGUCGUCUGGCAAGACUGCGGGCACCGAGUCGUCUGGCAAGACUGCGGGCACCGAGUCGACUGCGGAACAGCGGGCACCGAGUCGUCUGGCAAGACAGUGGGCUCCGAGUCAACAGGCACGACAGUGGGCACCGGGUCAUCAGGUAUCGGAUUUUCUGGCUCGACAGCGGGCAUCGGGUCACCAGGCAUCAGGUCAUUUGGCUUGCCAGCGGGCACCGCGUCAUCUGGCAAGGCAGUGGGCACCGGGUCACCAGGUAUGACAGCGGGCUCUGAGUCAAUUGGCACGACAGCGGGCACUGGAUCAGGUACCGGAUCAUCUGGAUCAACAGCGGGCAUCGAGUCAACUGGCCUAUUAGGAUCAGAGGCAUCCGGCUGAAGAGAGGCAUCCGGCUGAAGAGAGGCAUCCGGCUGAAGAGAGGCAU